AGGAAAGGAUACAGGAAACAGAUUAUGUUUUUAUUUCAAACAAUAAAGAGAGGUGUGGAAGUAUUUGUACGUCUAAAGAUGUAAAACAGGUAAAAACGAACCAGUUUUAGAUCCGGCUUUGUUCCGGUCACGUGAUUUUUGACGCAUCGGAACCCUGCAGGUGACGUGGAAUAUGGGGACAACAACGAUAAAUCCCUGCGAAUCAAGACGCUAUCAAACCUAUUCUAGCUACAGUCGAUUAAUCUAAUGAUAUUUUCUAUCUCUAUUAGUCAAAAUAUACUUUUAAAUACCUGUACCUUUGCUUGUUGAAGUUGCCAGGAGUCAGGACUGGCGCAGGAUCACCAUAUUGAUAUUGUAGCAGCCAGGUGAGAGAGAGCCAGUUUAAAUAUGAUUUUGGUGGUGACAGCUGUCGUAUGCUUAUAUUAUGUUUAUUGUCUUCAUUCCGCACAGAUAACGUUAGUAUUCGUAUGAGAGAUCUCUGAGUAUCCUGUGAUCUCCAGUCAUGGCUAGUCCAGAUGAUUUAACGUUUCAGGAGUUUGAGGAAGCCGCAGAUCUCCUGUCUUCAAACCCUGGAGCCUCGACCCUGAGCAUCUCCAGCCCCGGGGCAGUAGCCUCCUCUGGAGAGGUCAGAGUCGACCUGUCAGACGAUGAAGACAAGCAGCAAGAGAGCUCAGAGCUGCUUGGAGGUGAAAAACAAACGGGUGGUUUCUGGACAUUUGAGUACUAUCAGUCAUUCUUCAAUGUAGAUACAAUGCAGGUGCUGGACAGGAUAAAGGGCUCAGUCAUGCCUUUGCCAGGACGGAAUUUCGUCAAACACCACAUUCGAAAUAACCCUGAUCUCUAUGGUCCUUUCUGGAUCUGUGUGACUCUAGUGUUCUCCGUGGCCAUCAGCGGAGACCUCUACACAUUUCUGAUCAAUAUGGGAGACCCAGAGUUUCACUACAGACCUCAGUUCAACAAAGUCUCGAUUGCGGCCGUCACAGUGUUCCUCUAUGCAUGGCUGGUGCCUCUGGGAGUUUGGGGCUUCCUGAUGUGGCGUCAAAGUGUUGAGAGACACAUCAGCGGUUACACGUUUUUAGAGACCAUGUGUGUCUACGGCUAUUCUCUGUUCAUUUAUAUCCCGACCUCGAUAUUAUGGACCAUUCCCGUCUACUGGUUCGAGUGGCUAUUGAUGGUCAUUGCCUUAGUGAUCUCGGGCUCAGUGUUGGUAAUGACGUUCUGGCCGGCUGUUCGCGAUGACACAAGACUAACAGCAUUCGCUACCAUGGCAGUAAUAGUGUCACUUCAUGCCCUUCUGGCUGUUGGCUUUAAGCUCUACUUCUUCGAAACACCAAAAUACACAGGAUCACUGCACUCGGGACAACAGACUACCCCAGGUGCAAACCAUACACUUGCUGUGGGAAAGCAUCAAUGACCAACUGAAGGGGAACCUAGGAGUCUUUCUAUUCAAAGGACAUGAAAAAUGUGUAGUAAUUCUGAUAACCGAGCAAUGAAGGAGUUCAGAUUAGUGUGCUGAUGCUCCACGCACACAAGCAUUCCCAGCAAACACA